UCCAUGUUCCCGACCCUUCUGGAAAUAUCUGAAGUGAGCUCGGAAGUACUAGAUUUCUCCCUCCUUCGCUUUUAAAUACCUGAUGCAUCCCCCUCCGUUGCCAGCGAAAUAUUCUCAGUCAAUUCGUGAUUAAUCCACAACACCAAGUGCACACUUUCUACUUUCUCGUUGGAUUUUCAAUCUCCACGAUUCGAAGAUGUCGUUGAUCCCGAGUUUCUUUGGCGACCGGAGGAGCAGCGUUUUCGAUCCCUUCUCUCUUGACGUCUGGGAUCCCUUCAAGGACUUCCCUUUUCCUUCUUCUCUCUCAACUCUUUCCCGGGAAAAUUCUGCAUUCAUCGGAACUCGGAUUGACUGGAAGGAGACCCCCGAAGCACACGUGUUUAAAGCCGAUCUUCCAGGGCUGAAAAAGGAGGAGGUCAAGGUUGAGAUCGAAGACAACAGUGUGCUUCAGAUAAGCGGAGAGAGGAACGUGGAGAAAGAAGACAAGAACGACACGUGGCACCGCGUGGAGCGUAGCAGCGGCAAGUUCUUGAGGAGAUUCAGGCUGCCGGAGAACGCCAAGAUGGAUCAAGUGAAGGCUUCCAUGGAGAAUGGGGUUCUCACUGUGACUGUUCCCAAGGAAGAGGUGAAGAAGCCUGAGGUUAAGGCCAUCGAGAUCUCUGGUUGAGAAUAAUGGAUGACAAUUUUCUGUUUAUGCUCUGUUUUUUGUUUUUUCUGUGUUUAUAAUCGUUUUCUUGGUUUGAAUUUCUGGGGUUGUGAUCUGCGUUUAUGCUAUUUCUUGUGAAUGUUUGUCUGUGACAUAUAUGUCAGAAAUAUUGAAUUUCGUGGACGCUUGUAAAGUUUCACUUGGGAUUUUGUUUUGAUGGGUGUGGUUUUGGAUUAACAUAUGAGCCUCGUUUUUCUUUUGUAA